UUUGUUAACAUUCGUUUGUUUUGCAUUUACUAAAAGGCCAAUUAUUAUACAUAAUGGUAACAACGUGACCAGUGAUACUAUGAUAAGAUUUCCAUAUAAACCAUUAUAUGGCCUACCUGUUCGUUUAAAUUGUCCUGAUCAUGUACGAAAAGAAUUCAAUGGAUGUGAACUUUAUGCUCGUGAUGAAUGGUCAAUUUCCAUUGAUGAAUAUUUUUAUCCAUCACGAAAAUUUUGUUGUUUUGCAUGGUUACAAUUAUCGUGUGAAAUUAUAGUGGCUAGUAAAUGUCAUCAAAAAUACGCUAUAUUACUCUCACAACGAACGAAACAAAUGUUUGAUCCGAUUUGUAAUCCACGAGGUUAUAGUCAUGAAAGCAUCCAAUGUUGGUGGUCAUCACGUACAGAAAGUUCUAUAGUUAUUAGCUUUGCCAUUGCUUUGUCAUUGUUAAUUUGUUGUUUGAUUGCAGUGUUAACAUCGGAUACACCUAAUGCAAAAUAUAGUAGUGAUUAUUAUGAUGAUUAUUUUAUGAGUACGAAUAGUGUACUCGAUGAAGGACGAUUGGAUUAUAAAUGGACACAUGAUUCAUCCAGAUUGUAUGAAUAUCUUGGCCAAUUACCGCCAAUUCGACGAGGACGACAAUCAGCAACAUCAUCAUUAUCGUCAUUCGGAUGGGAAAAGGUUCGACCUUAUCAAAAACCUUUUAUUACACAAUCACAAUUACCAUCUAUGAAUGGUUUCGAUGCAACCAAUUUUCCAAUUAAUUAAUAGAUUCCAUUCAUAUAUUUUUAAAGGAAAAAAUUUCUCACA